AUGGCCAUGACCAGAAAAGAAUUUCUGCGCUUAGCAGCCUCAAUGCUAAACAAAUACGACGGAAAUCCGUUGCAAUUGAAUGGAUUCAUUGACUCUGUUGAAUUGUUGAAAGAAAUGGUCGAAGAUGAUGACAAAGAUGUAUUUACAAAACUCGUAAAGUCUAGAUUAGAGGGUAUUGCUCGCGAAGCAAUUGACGACGAACCGGGGGAUGUUGAUGAAAUAAUCCGUGAUUUAAGAGCAAAUAUAAAAACAGAUUCAUCAAAAGUGAUCGAAGGGCGUAUGCUAGCACUUCGCACCGAUAAAACUAAUUUGGCAAAAUUCUCGGAAAGAGCAGAGGAAUUGGCCGAAGAUUUCAGACGAAGCUUAUUAAUUGAGGGUUUUUCCAGGGCUAAAGCCAAAGAACUUUCAAUCGAAAAAACUGUUGAAUUAUGCCGAAAAAACGCUCGUAAAGACACAGUCAAGGCGGUAAUCGCAGCUACUAAAUUUGAAUCACCGAAGGAAGUUAUCUCAAAAAUGAUUGUUGAAAUAAACAAUUUGAGACAAGAUAGACCGAGUAUUUCAUACAAUAACCGUAAUAAGAACAACAAAUUUGACAAUCGUAAUAAAAAUAACUAUCACCGAAAUAAUUACAAUAAUAACAACAACAACAAUAACAGAAACAACAACAACGAUCGUGGAAAUCGCAACAAUUCCAACAAUAACAACAACAACGGCA